GUUAUAUCCAAUACAAAGAACAAAUUCAAGGUAGAGGGGUGUAAUACCUACGCUUUCCUCUAUGACCGGAAAGGAAAAAGCCUUCACGGCUGCAACACGAGAUGCGAUAACCGGAGUUCAGUGGCCGAUGAGUGCCAGAGUGCUUUGGAGCAAGCCGUUGGAAAUUAUACCAUUAAUAUGGUAUUUUACAGUACUAAUGCGUCUGAUGACUAUGCUCGUUGCAGUUCUGCAUUUGUUGAGAAGAACGAAACUCUCAACCCCGUCGUCGACGGCAACCUCAAGGAGCGAAGAGAAAGUAACAGAUCUAAGGUAAUUCUCGAUUGGGCAGUUGAUCAGAACAAAUCAUCAUGCCGUGGAGCCUGCAAAAGUGAUAAUGCGGAAUGCGAAGAAUCAGAAAGUGUCAGUGGCUAUUACUACUGUAAAUGUGAAACGGGGUUCAAAGGCAACCCCUACACCGCGGGUGGCUGCAAAGAUGUGGAUGAGUGCCAGCACAUCAACCUAAAUAAUUGUUUGCAUAAGGAUCGAUGUCACAAUACCCCUGGUGGCUACACAUGUUCUUGUCCACAUGGACAAAAAGGCAAUGGCCGCCGUAAUGAAACUGAACCAGGCUCAGGCUGCAGCACUACUGGGCCUAGCCUUAUAAUUCCAUUAGUUGUUACUUUAGCUUUGUUGGGUGCCUUCACACUUGUCUCCACAUUAUGUUGGGCACACAAGCAAAGGAGUCUGAUGCAACUCAGACAGAGAAAUUUUGAGCAAAAUGGAGGAAACUUGCUUCUACAACAACUUUCACAACAACAAAGAUAUACUGACAGAACCAGAAUAUUUACAAAAGUUGAGCUUAAGAAUGCCACAAACAACUUUGAUGAAAGCAGAAUUCUUGGUCGUGGAGGACAAGGCACGGUUUAUAAAGGUAUAUUGCCAGACAACACAAUUGUUGCAAUUAAGAAGUCCAGAGUUGGUGGGGAUCCCCAAAAUAUUAAAAGUUUUAUCAAUGAAGUGUUUGUGCUUUCCCAGAUCAACCACAGGCAUGUGGUCAAACUUUUGGGAUGUUGUCUUGAAACUGAAGUGCCUUUGUUAGUGUAUGAGUUUGUAGAGAAUGGAAGCCUUCUUGACCACCUAGACCCAUCAAAAAAUGAAUGUUCUAUCACAUGGGAGACUCGAUUAAGAAUAGCUACAGAAACUGCUGAGGCCAUUUCCUAUUUACAUUCUGCAGCUUCUAUUCCAAUUAUCCAUAGAGAUAUCAAGUCUGCCAAUAUACUUUUAGACCAUAAUGAUAGAGCAAAGGUAUCUGAUUUUGGAGCUUCAAGACUUGUCCAUCUUGGUGAAGCUCAAGUUGCCACUGUGGUUCAAGGAACAAUAGGAUAUCUGGAUCCUGAGUACCUUCAAACGGGUCAGUUGAAUGAGAAGAGUGAUGUCUAUAGUUUUGGAAUUGUGCUGCUGGAGUUACUCACUGGGAGUAAGGCUUUUAAAUUCAAUACAUUGGCUAGCCAUUUUGUGUCUUCAAUGAGAGAAGAUCGCCUGUGGGAGAUUCUUGAUAGGCGAGUACUAGACCAGAAGAAGAACGCAAAACAGUUGAAAGAAGUAGCCUUAUUGGCAAGCAGAUGCAUUAGGGUUAAUGGAGAGGAAAGGCCAACAAUGAAAGAAGUAGCAAUGGAGUUAGAGGGUCUAAUUGCAAUGGAAAAGCAUCUUCAAGAGAAGGACAAGGAUAUGAUGAAAGCAGAAGAAAGUGAAUACUUAUUGGGCCAUUACACUAAUGAUGGAUAUGGGAGUGCCAGUGCUAGCUUCUCAGUUGCUAGCCAUGAUAGCAUACAAAAGCAAGUGGCAUUUGAGAUUAUAGAUGGUGGGCGAUGAUCUUAUACUAUAUUCUUAAUUGUGUUCUGUUUCUACUUUUCUGGGAGAUUUAAGAAAUGUGAGAGUACAACGGAAGGUGAUAAAAACCUACCUAGUAAUUUGUUUGCAGUUAGUUCCUGUAAGUUGCAAAUUUAAUUUUCAUACAUUUUA